AUGGCUGAGACUGCCCCCGACAUCAACGGCGGUUCCGUCUUCGAGGCGACCAAGGCCAAUGCUGCCGCUGCUUUUGAUUCCGUCACAAACGGACCUGUUGCCCAAAAUGUCAAGGAACACACAGCAAAGGCUUCCAGUGAGCUGUCCAACCUUGCUGCAUCCCGAAAGACCCCCGAGACUCGCGCUGCCACUGGCCAGCCAUUGACACACUACCACUCGUUCUUCAACGAGUUGCUUUCUUGGAACAACCCUCGCGCUUCGGCUAUUGCGCUCGUCUCGACCGUCCUCGCCAUCCUCGCCUUCCGAUACGUUGAUGUCGCCCGCCACGGCCUUAGGUUGGCCUGGAUGGCUCUGGGAAUCACUGUUACGUCCGAGGCUAUCGGCAAGUUUCUUUUCAACAAGGGCAUCGCUACACAACUGCGCCCCCGCCGAUAUUACACUGUCUCCCGCGCCACCAUCGACUCUCUCGUCGGUGAUGCCCAUGAGCUCAUCAACUUUGUCGUGAUCGAGGCCCAGAGAAUUCUCUUUGUCGAGAGUAUUCCCGCUUCUAUCGCCACUGCCAUCCUCGCCUUCCUGUCCUACCACCUGACCAAGAUUGUCCCAUACUGGGGUCUUGCUAUUAUUGGUACUGUCAUUGCUUUCGUAGCACCCCUUAUCUACGUCAGCAACAAGGAGAUUAUCGACGAACAGCUCAAGAACGCUAGCGAAGCUAUUGAUGCCCAGACCGCCCAGGUUCGAAGUGUUGCCCAGAAGCAGGUUCAUCAGGUGGCUGAAGCAGGCAAGCAUUACGCUGGCGAUUACAGCCACAAGGUUCAAGAUUUGAUCCGCGGCCGCUCAAGCUCCCCUAAGCUUGUUGUUAAGCCGAAGCCUGAAUUCCCUUCCCCUCCCACCGAAGAGCCAACCAAGGUCCCUGAGAUUCAUGUGCCUGACGUUCCGGACGAGCCUAUCGGGGGCGUGAAGAAGGAAGAUUCUGAAUCUCUCUUGUAA